AUGGCCGGAGGAGGAGGAGGAGAGGAGGUGAAGCUGCUGGGCCACUGGGGGAGCGGGUUCGCGCUCCGGGUGCGGCUAGCCCUCUACCUCAAGGGCGUCCACUACACCUACGUCGAGGAGGACCUGCGCAACAAGAGCGACCUCCUCCUCCGCUGCAACCCCGUCCACAAAGCCGUGCCCGUGCUCAUCCACAACGGCCGCCCCAUCUGCGAGUCCCAGAUCAUCCUCCAGUACAUCGACGAGACCCCCUUCUUCUCCGGCUCCGGUUCCACGUGCACACUCCUCCCCGCCGACCCCCACGAGCGCGCCGUCGCCCGGUUCUGGGCGGCCUACGUGGACGACGAGAUCGGCGCGCCGUGGGACAAGGCGUUCAGGUCGAGGACAGAGGAGGAGAGGGCGGCAUGGAUGGGGAAGGUGGCGGCGGCGGUGCCGGGUCUGGAGCGGGGGCUGAGUGAGUGCACCGACGGGGGUCGCAAGGGCUACUUCUUCGGCGGCGCUGGUGGAGUCGGGUACGUCGACGUCGUGCUCGGCGGCGUGGCGCCGUACGUGCACGCGAUGGAGAAGGUCUCCGGCCUGAGGCUGUUUGACGGCGGAAAGACGCCGCUGCUGGCGGCGUGGCUGGAGCGGUUCGGCGAGCUCGAGGUCGCCAGGGCCGUGCUCCCGGACGUCGACCGGGUGGUGGGCUACGUCAGGAUGAUACACGCCAAGAACGCCGCCAAGGCUGCAGAGUGA